UCUUUGUGUCGGGAUCCUUCCCAUUCACGGAGGGAAGUGGAGGAUCACGCUGCCUGGCUGGGACUUUACAGAGGCUCAGGAAAGAUGAACUGGCCCCAUUCCUGCAUCCCCUUUUGCUGGAUUUACUUUGCUGUUUCCAGACUGAGAGCUGUAGAAACAGCAGAUGGAAAAUAUGCUCAGAAGUUGUUUCGUGAUCUUUUUGAAGAUUAUUCUAAUGCUCUUCGUCCGGUGGAAGACACAGAUAAAGUCCUGAAUGUCACGCUGCAGAUUACACUUUCUCAGAUUAAGGAUAUGGAUGAAAGAAACCAAAUUCUGACCGCCUAUUUAUGGAUCCGCCAAAUCUGGCAUGACGCGUACCUCACGUGGGAUCGAGACCUGUAUGACGGGCUGGACACCAUCCGGAUCCCCAGCGACCUGGUGUGGAGGCCAGACAUUGUCCUGUACAACAAGGCUGACGAUGAAUCUUCAGAGCCUGUGAACACCAAUGUGGUCCUGCGACAUGAUGGCUUGAUCACCUGGGAUGCGCCAGCCAUCACCAAAAGCUCCUGUGUGGUGGAUGUCACCUACUUCCCCUUUGAUAACCAGCAGUGCAACCUGACCUUUGGCUCCUGGACCUACAAUGGCAACCAGGUGGACAUAUUCAAUGCCCUGGACAGCGGAGAUCUCUCUGACUUCAUUGAAGACGUGGAAUGGGAGGUGCGUGGCAUGCCUGCUGUGAAGAAUGUGAUCUCCUAUGGCUGCUGCUCGGAGCCUUACCCGGAUGUGACAUUCACUCUCCUUCUGAAGAGGAGGUCCUCAUUCUACAUCGUCAACCUCCUCAUCCCGUGUGUCCUCAUCUCUUUUCUGGCUCCCUUGAGUUUUUAUCUCCCAGCAGCCUCUGGGGAAAAGGUCUCCCUGGGAGUGACCAUCCUGUUGGCCAUGACUGUAUUCCAGCUAAUGGUGGCAGAAAUCAUGCCAGCCUCAGAAAAUGUUCCUCUGAUUGGCAAAUACUACAUAGCCACGAUGGCCUUGAUCACAGCUUCCACUGCCUUGACCAUUAUGGUGAUGAAUAUCCACUUCUGUGGGGCCGAGGCCCGGCCAGUGCCCCACUGGGCCAGGGUGGUCAUCCUGAAAUACAUGUCCAGGAUCUUGUUUGUCUAUGAUGUGGGUGAGAGCUGCCUCAGCCUGCACCAUGACAGGGAGCAGGACUACUUCAUGAAGGUUAAUGGCAAACUCCCAGAGUCUAACCUGAAAGCAACCAGAAACAAAGACCUUUCCAGAAAGAGAGAAAUGAACAAACUCUUAAAGAAUGACCUGGGGUGCCAGGGUGAGAACCCACAGGUUGCUGAUAGUUACUGUGCACGGUUCAGAAUGCUGACAGAGAAUAUUGAAUACAUUGCCAAGUGCCUCAAAGACCACACAGCCACCAAUUCCAAGGGGAGUGAAUGGAAGAAGGUUGCAAAAGUCAUAGACCGAUUCUUCAUGUGGAUUUUUUUCAUCAUGGUGUUUGUCAUGACCGUUUUGAUCACAGCAAGGGCAGAUUAGUAGGCAUUUGAUAUCUGGAGAGAAAUUAAUAGAAUUCCCUGUGAUCUACUCCAAUGUUCUUCCAAGUCAGAUUUUUGUUCAUGUGUAAUUUAGGGGUUAUGUUGUCUGUGCUUUUUAUUUUUAACUUCAAAUCAAUAUUGUACCUGUCAGGUUAAGUUAAGCAGGAGAUCCAAAAUUUCAAGGGUAGGAAGAUCAAGGAUAUUGGGAAGGAUCCUUUUUAUAGCCUACCAGAGUGGUGGGUGGCUGGCCUCUAGUUUAUACAAUUAUUCACCUCUUUAGCAGUGCAGAUAACAAAGUACAGCACAUUACUGUUUAAAAUUUAAAACAAAAAAGGUAAAACAAAACAAACUCAUUUUCCUCUUAGUCCCUAUUUAAACAUGCUUUUGAAAAAGGAUAUUAGUUGUGUAUACCUUAGUGUGAUUUAAGUCUCAAU